AUGACAAGCAAACCAGUGCCGCCGGCACGGCCUCCUGUCCCGUCUCCGGCCCCGGCGUAUACUGCGCAGGCGGCUGGGCAAAACGCGCCGUCUACAGCUAAUGGGUUGUCCAAGACGCCCCCUCCUUGCCAGAGCUACAGCAACAGCACGCAGAAUCGACCGCCGUUCAGACCCGGUGAAGAGCGUAGUACUACUGGUGGUAAAGUGACAGCCGCCAAGGCCAUGUCUUCUAAGUGA